GGCUUCCCCCAUCUCUCCCUCCCACCCCGCCUUCCGAUCCCCCGAUGCGGGCGCUCCGCCUCCUCUCCGCGCUCGCCGCGUGUCGUCUCGGUGCGGCGGCCCUGGCGAAGAUCGCGUGGCAGCGGCGCCUGGCGGCGGAAGGCAGCGAGGGGCUGGAGCUGCAGCUGGCGCUGCCGGAGGAGGAGCUGCGAGUAAAGCUUUGGCGGAACACUGCUCUGCUGGCGGAGAACGCCCGGCAUGUGCUGCACUACAAAGACGGAACCCAGGAGGAGGGCCCUGGGCUGCAGGAACACUGCUUCUUCCUGGGGCAGGUGGAGGGCCAUCCAGGCAGCAGCGCCUCUUUCAGCGCCUGCGAGGGCCGGCUGUCGGGCCUGGUGCUGCGGGGCAAUCGAACCCUUUGGAUCGACCCCGCCGAAGGCAGCGCCGGCUUCGGCGGUGGCGAAGGAGGGCGGCGCUUGCGGGGCGAGGCUCUGCACGAGGUCCGCAGCUUGGAGGGGGAUGCGCUCGACAUGGUGCGCGACGUGAUGCGCUUCGUCACAAGGAAGGCUGCGCCCUCGGAACCCUCUGGCCGACGACUAGCGUCCACUACCAAGUACGUGGAAGUUCUGGCGGUCAACGACUUCAGCAGGUUUACCGCCUUUGGUGGUCAGGCUUCACUGUCCGCGCUGGCCGCCCACACCGUGUCAGUGCUGAACACGGUGACCGCGAUCUUCCGUGCCUCUCCCACAGACGGCGUGUCCUUCCCGCACUCUGUCCAGGUGGUGCUCACCGGGCAGCACACCUUCCUGGAAAGCGAUCCCUGGGACCAGACCGUCAAAAUGCAGGGGGCGGAGGUCAGCGAAGACUCGCUGCUGGAGGCCUUUCUGACGUGGAGCGCCGCUGAGAUGGCCUCCGGGACCAUCUCCGAGAACGACAACCGCCUGCUGCUCAGCGGCCGGGACUUUGUGGCCAGCACCGUGGGCUACGCGCCCAUGUCCUCCAUGUGCGAUCUGGCCCGCUCAGGUUCCAUCAACAUGUGUGGGCCAAGCAGCACAGACGUGGCGGGCUGCGCUGCGACGGUGGCGCACGAGAUGGGCCACAACUUUGGCAUGUCCCACGACUCCGGGAGCUGCCCGCAGUCUGGCCUUGUCAUGGCCGCCGUUGGCACCAGCGAUGCCGCUGAUCAGUUUUCCAGCUGCAGCGUGUCCGACAUCACGACCUUCUUUACCAAGGUCUAUGACAGGAAUGGCCAGUGCCUGGAGAACAAGCCCUCGAAGGUCUUCGGGGACCCCGUGUGCGGCAAUGGCUUCCGGGAGGAGGGCGAGGACUGCGACUGCGGGUCCAGUGACUGCUCUAGCCUGGACACUUGCUGCAACGGCGCCACCUGCCGGUUCGCGGACCCCAGCUACGAGUGCAGCGACGCGACCGGCGCGUGCUGCGAGAGCUGCAAGAACGUCACGGCGGCCGCCCAGAAGGUCUGCCGCGCCGCCCGCAGCAGCUGCGACCUCGCGGAGAUCUGCGCUGGCGGCACCUCGCAGUGCCCCAAGGACGAGUACGUCUACCCUGGGGCCAGCUGCAGCCUGGCGGAGGCCGGGCAGAGCUACGCGGGGCUGUGCUCCCUGGGCAGCUGCCACUCCAUGGCGUACACCUGCGCGGUGGACGUGACCCGCGACUUCGCAGGCACCUGGGACCUCUCGCCGGCCUGCGCGGGCUUCAACGACGACUGCGCCACUGUGGUGUGCCACGACGCCACCUCGAGUUCGCCCGCGCAGUGCGGGCAGUACUUCUCCGUGCACGGGAUCCACAUGCCGGUGCCGGACGGCACGCCCUGCUGGCACCCCAGUGAGCCCUUGGGCCUCAGGAGCGGCAUGUGCUUUCAGGGCCAAUGCAGGCAGCCGGGGAGCCUGGCCGUGGUGGGGCUUUGUGGCAACGGCGGCAUCGACUAUGGCGAGGAGUGCGACUGCGGCGCAUCUGGUGCUGGCGACCCCUGCUGCGACUGCGCCAGCUGCACGCUGAAGAGUAGCAGCGCCUGCGCCGGCACGGACCCUUGCUGCGACAGCAGCACCUGCUCACUCAAGGCUGCGGGCACGGUUUGCCGCGCCGCAGUGUCCGGCUGCGAUGUGGCUGAGAGCUGCAGCGGUACGUCGGCCUUGUGCCCCCCGGACGAGGGGAAGAAGUGGGGCACGGCGUGCACCGCGGCCGACGGGGCGGCCUCGACCUGCUACGGCAAGCAGUGCCUCGCGAGCCUGGAUGAGCAGUGCAAGGCUGCCACCGAAGGCGCCAGACCCAUCGCCAAGAAGCACAUGUCCACAGGCCUGGCACGGGACUACGCGGAGCACGUGUGCACAGGCCCCUGGUGCUGCGAGAGCUGUGAGCAGAGGAGUGGGAGUUGGCAGAUCAACGGCGUGCCCGUGGAGGACCCUCACAUUUGUAGCGGCUGCACCCGGUCCACGACCUCCUCCACUUUUACGGUGAACGGGGUCAGCAAGACCAUCUACCUGGGAGCGGCCCUGGAUGGCACGUCUCUGGCCGACAGCUCCCAGCUGUGCAUCGCGGCGGAGCUGAGUGCGCCGGCUGCGAGCUGCGGCGUGGGGCAGUUCCUGGAGGCCUCGGUGGGUCGUUGUUUGGCCUGCGACUCGUCCUGCGGCGGCUGCGUGGGGCCCACGGCUCUGGACUGCGACUGCUGCCGCUUUGGCGCCAAAGACGCCAGGGGCGCCUGCCGGGUGUCGGAGGGCGCGCCCAACAGCAGCUGCCCGGGCGCUUCGGGUUCCGGGACCUCCGCGAUGAGUACUACCACUGCCACGGAGACCGGAAUCAUCGCGGGCGCCGUGCGCAGGGUGAUCGGCAUGGCGGCCCUUCCCCUGGUGUCUUGGAUUUUCUGAAGAGCACCCCUGCAGAUUGGCAUGGAACCCAAAGCGUCAUUUGGAUGUGUAGACUCAUUUGGGGAUUUGGGACCCCAAAUGUUGGGUUCCAUGUUCUUUGUGCAGGGAAGUUAUCUAGAUAAUGCAUGUGUCCCAAAGGGAAAUGCAUAUUUUCAUCCCAUAUUUUCGAUUUGACGAAUUAUCUAAAUCCGAACUUGAAUUUCCCGAAGAGG